AUGGUCAAAGAAUAUUUCGAGCACGAUGACAUAAGUUCUCUCAUGCCAGGACAGAAAGAUAAGAAAUCUGUUAAAAUCGAUGGAAAAUCUGUAAUUUUUCAAAAACGUCUUGUGUUAGGGAAUCUGAAAGAAAUUUAUUCAAAAUUCGUUAAAGAUAAUCCUAAUGUGGCAAUUGGCCUAUCCAAAUUUUGUUCUCUUAGACCACCACAUUGCAUUUUAGCAGGUUCUGGAGGCACGCAUAACGUCUGCACGUGCCCUAUCCAUGAAAACAUAAAACUUAUGACAUUAGGCAGUAAUUUGGUGCUUUUAAUGAAAAAAGAGGAAUAUCCAGUAGUUAAUUACGAAGAUGUUAUAAUGCUGUCGUUGUGUCCCAAUCCGAAGGAGGAAUGUUUUUUCAAUAUGUGCAAGGAGUGUUCAAUCUCAAAAACACUGGAGGGUUUGAUUAGUGCAAUAUUUCAAAAAUACGAAAUUAAUGAAGUUACUUACAAAAAUUGGAAUUCACAACCUAGGACAACGUUGAAAACCAUUUGUAUUUCUACCGAAACGUUUAUCCAAAAUUAUUGUUUGGCUAGCGAAACAUUUCUAAUGCAUUCAUUUAUAGCAAAGGAGCAAGCCAAUUAUUAUAAAACUUUGAAAAACAACUUAGAGAUCGACCAAUGCUUAGUCACUUGCGAUUUUGCUGAAAACUAUGCCUUUAUUGUCCAGAACGCUGUUACUGGAUUUCAUUGGAAUAAUGACCAGGCAACGAUUUUUCCAAUUGUGUUCUAUUACAACGAUGGUGGGAAAAUUAAUCAUCAAACACUUAUUUUUAUUUCCGAUUGUAAAAAACAUGACUCGGUAGCCGUGUAUGUAUUUUUAAAAUCUUUUAAUGAAUGGUUAUCACGUUUCAAUGCAAAUAUUCGCAAAUGCAUUUAUUUCUCUGACGGAGCGCCGCAACAAUUUAAAAAUGUCAAACACUUUACAACUAUAUACAAUCAUGAAAAUGACUUUGGCCGAUCUGCGGAAUGGCACUUUCAUGCCACUGCCCAUGGAAAAGGUCCAUGCGAUGGAGCAGGGGGAGCUUUAAAAAGAAAAGCAAGGAAAGCUAGCCUCCAGAUGACUUCAGAACAUCAAAUAACCACUGCAUAUCAACUGUAUGAGUGGGCUCUGCAAGAUGGCACUUUUCCCAGUAUCGAAAUAGCAUUUUGCAGCGAAACUGAUUACGAAACUGCAGCUGCAUUCUUGAAGGUGCGGUUUGAGAGUUGCAAAACUAUACCAGGUACCCAAAAGCUUCAUUUUGUUAAAGCUGAAACCGACCACAAAUUAAAAGUGAAAACAUACUCCAGCAGCGAAAAAUUUCAAAUCGUGCACUUUAUAUGA